AUGUCAGACUUUUUUGAUAAAAUUGGAAGGCGUUGGUCAAAAACUCCAAGUACCGGUUCUUCUUCGCGACCUACCGCCGACGAUCGUUCAACAUCGCCCACUUUCUCAUCAGGACGGCAAUCGAUCGAUAGUCGAAGACACAUGGAUGGUCGACAGUCAAUGGACUAUGGCAACUCGCCCUUUGCAGCCAUGCCACCUCCCGAACAGAUUAACGACAUGUUUGAGCAAAUGCUGAGUCGACGUGGCAUUCGAGACGAGCAACAAUACAAGGCCAUGUUGGAAUGGGACGUUGAGAAAAAGUGGCUACUUAUCAGCCAAGAUCCAAAGGCAGAGCAGCUUGCUUCAGGUCGAAAAACAGCCCUUGACGAUAAAGAUCCUGAUGCACCACCACCCCUUAUCAAUGUGCUUGCCGAGAAAGCAGGUGAAAUGUGGUCAGCAACAUGGGAGCAUGGCAGCCGUCGCCUUGAGAAACAUCGCAUGUCAGCACAUCCAGGUCGACUUGGACCACCCACCAAUAUCAGCCCUUCAAGUAGCACUGGCAUUAGCACGAGUGGUGUCCCUAUUUCUCAACCUGGUCCCGGUGCAUCCACUUUUUCAGACCUCGAUCGUUAUUCGCCCGAGUUUUUUAUUCGCAAGUUCAUGGAAGCUGAUUUACGGGCUGUGACACCUGCAUUGGUGGAUCAUCUUACCGUAAACUUAAGAACUCGGCCCAUUGAUUGGGUCAUCAAGUUCAUUGAUCUCAAAGGCGUCUAUGUCUUAUGCAAUGGCCUUACGUACUUGAAUCACAAAACAGAAAGAAAUGAAAAGACUUUGGAGCUUGAAAUCGAGAUUGUCAAAUGCAUCAAAGUGCUUAUCAAUACACGCUGGGGUGUUCGUGAAGUGAUUGCGAAUCCGAGCUACAUCGAGUCCAUCGUUUAUUCCUUGGUGUGUCCUCAUUGGCAGACACGCAAGAUCGUGUGCGACAUGCUUUCCUUCAUAUGCUUGUGCGAGAAGCCCGUUGGUCAUGGUCACGUUUUGAAUGGAUUUGAUUCGCUAAGAAGUCAUCGUGGUGACUUGGGACCUUUCAAUGCAUGGAUCAAGGAUUUGGAGAAUACAGUGGAUGGUCGAGGAAAGAUGGGAUCACUUGUUGGAGCGAGCGACGACUUGAAAAGCCUUGGCGUUUACAAUGCACCUGAUAGCCAUUUAAUGGAAUAUGCGUUAUCGAACAUGAUGCUGAUCAAUAUCAUUGUCAACAAAGUGCCAAAUGAGGUACAUGAACGGAUCCAUCUUCGCAAUCAAUUGAAUGCUGCUGGCAUGCUCCGUGUUCUACCAAAACUUGAAAGGCUCGACUAUCACUAUCUCAACAAGCAGAUCGACAUGUAUAGAGCAGCAGCAGAGAAUGAUCAAGAGGAUGCAUUUGGCGACGAAUUAUCGGUUUAUUCAGAUAUAUCACAACCAAACGAGCUUUUCGACCUGGUAAUGGAUAGCAUUGCUGAAGCACCAAGAGCACAAGAUCAUUUGAUUUCUACACUACGAAGCAUGUUGAUUAUCAAAGGGGAUUCUGAAAACAAGACCCAUUAUCAUCGCAUGAUUAGCGAAUUGGUGAAUCAGGUUGUUAUGGAUCGACGUGGCAGUGUAUCAGCGGGUGAUUUCAGCUCUACAUUUGGUGUCUCGGUUGGCAAUCUCAUUGAAAAGUUCAGCGAACUUGAUCGAUUGCAUGAAAUGGAAGCCGAAGCAUCCGAGGUUCAGGAACGUGCUAUUCGACUUGCUGCUGAAAACAAGGAAUUGAAGUUGGAAUUGGAGCAUUGGCGUUCACAAGCAGGUGGCCAAGCUUCUAUACCACCACAAGAAUCCUCCAGCGUAUCACGACGAUCGCGGAUGAAUAUGAAAAUGGAAUUGGCGUCCUUGCGAGCACUACUCAAGACCUCCAGAAAUACCAUUACGAUGCUUCAAGAGAAACUCAAACAAUAUGAGGAUGGAUCCGAUGAUCAACCUGUCAGUAACGGCUUGGUGCUAGGAAAUGAUUGGAAGAUGUCUGGAAAGCACAAGUUGCCUAUGCCCACUACAGCAGACAACAAUCAAGCAAACAUUGGACCUGGUGGAUUUAUUAUUCCUGGUACAGUUCCACCUGCUUCGUCAGCAGAGGAUUCAGAUUCUCCAAAACCAUCAUCAGCACAAAAUACACAAUCGGAUGAGAUGACAUCAACAGAGGAUGUAACACCAGAACCAUCAACAACCGAACCAAGCACGCCCAAACCAUCUUCUGAUAUACCUCCACCGCCACCACCGCCGCCACCAUCAUCUGGUACGCCAUCUUCGGAUUCAUCUGCUAUACCUCCUCCUCCACCACCACCACCGGUUUCAGGCUCUGUGCCUCCACCACCUCCUCCUCCUCCACCACCAGGUUCAGGCUCUGUACCUCCACCUCCUCCACCUCCUCCGCCACCACCAGGUUCAGGUGGUAUCCCACCUCCGCCUCCACCACCUCCACCACCAGGUGGUGCUAUUCCUCCACCUCCACCGCCGCCACCACCACCAGGUGGUGCUCCUCCUCCUCCUCCGCCACCACCACCACCACCACCAGGUGCAGGUGGUAUUCCUCCUCCCCCUCCACCUCCACCAGGAGGUCCAGGUGUUCCACCGCCGCCGCCGCCGCCACCAGGUGCCAAAGGACCCAAUGCACCUAAUGCACCUCUUGCUGGUCCUCUUCGUAAGGAAUUGCGUCAUUAUCCCAAUACCAAACUCAAGAACUUGCAGUGGCAAAAACUGGAUGCUCGUGGUGUGGACAAGACAAUUUGGGUACUCGAGACGGUGGAUGAAAAUGGGAUGGAAGAUACGCUUGAUGAAGCGGGUGUCUUUUCCAAACUUGAGGAUCUUUUCCCUGCCAAGGUCAAUUUGUUCUUUGAAAAGAAACUCAAGGCCAAGAUUGAAGAGCGGAAGGAUGCAGUGAAAUUCUUGAGUAAAGAAAAGAGCAGGAAUAUCAAUUUGGCCAUUUUGCCCAAGAUUAAGAACAUGACCAUGAAGGAAGCUCGACGCCAAUUGUUGCAAAUGGAUGAACAGCUUUGCACAGAGACAUUUAUCAGCAACUUGAUCGCCUACUUGCCAAGCAAAGAUGAUGAUAUUCGUACCAUGGAGAAAUACAUGAAGGAAUCGGACGAGAAGCGAGCUGAAUUGGAUUACCCCGAGCAGUUCACUGUAGAGAUGGCAACAAUCUACAGAUACGAACCACGCCUUCGAUUCAUGCUUUUGCGCAUUCAAUUCUGGGAAAGAUAUGAACAGCUGCACAAGAAUAUGUCGUUGGUAUUGGAUGUUUCGGAAUCCUUGCGUAAUUCUGAAAGCUUUAGAGAAUUGCUAAGCUUGAUCCUUCUCGUUGGCAACUUUAUGAACGCGUCAAGUCUCCAAGGUGGUGCGUUUGGUAUGCGCAUUUCGAGUAUCAACAAGCUUGCGGACACGAAGGCAUCCAAUGUUUCAUCGCUUACUUUAUUGCACGUAUUGGCUGGUGUUACACGACGACAAUUCCCACACCUUCUUGAGUUUUUGCAUGAUCUCAAGGAUACGGGACAAGCUGCUCGCAUUAUGGUGAGCUUCAAUGACUUGGUGCAGCAAUACACUGAAAUGCGACAAGGUUUGAAGGAAUUGGCUCUUGAGCUUGGUACACAGUGGCAGCCUGAAGACACGACGCUUGAAGAAGGUGAUUGUUUCCGGGAUGUCAUGACUGAAUUCGAAAAUGAAGCAUCCAACAAGUUUGAGGACUUACAAACGGUGUACAUCAAUAUGGAUGCCAAGUGGAAGGAUGUCAUGGUGUAUUAUGGCGAGAACCCCAAGGUCAUGCGACCCGAUGACUUUUUCGGUGUAUUUGCCCGAUUUGUUAGUAGUUGGAAGGAUGCAGCGAUCGCUGAGGAGAAACACACUCUCAAGCUAGAGCGAGAAGAGAAGCGACGAAAGGAAGAGGAAUUACGUAAGCAACGUCUUGAAGCCAAACGCCAAAAGCUUGCAGAAAAGGAAGCUGCUGAAAAGGAACGACGCACUGAGGACGUUGAUUUGAGCGAAGAAGGAACAGGUACUGAGGAUGAUCGCAAGAUGAUGGAUAAUCUUUUGGCCAAGUUGCGAUCGGCUGAUGCCGAACCCACUGUACCACGUACUCGACGACGUCGUCAACGAACCGAGGAAGAAGAACAAGAUGUGCGAGAUGAUGAUGUACAACUUGCUGAGAAUCUCCUCAAGAGUCUUCAAUCGGAUUAG